CCCUACGUCACCUCCUCUCUUCUUCCUGUUUAUUAUUUUUUUAACCAGCAACCUCUGCGUACAAUCACCACAGUGAAUGAAAUACCUCGGCAACAUAUUUAACAGGCUUUGUUUCGCAUGGAAAAACUGAAACAAGCAGUAGAAAUCCAGCAUUGCUAAUUUCCCUCCAAAAUGGAUUUUCUACUAAACCCACUGUAGUUAAUGGCAGGCACUGUGCCAGAAUGCUGCAGAAUUGUGCACGUCAUCCAUUUGUCUGAGUAACUUCUCUGCUGUGGUUCCGACUGAGCCAUCAGACGCAUGUCGCGAAUCAGGACCACACUCGACAGCGUCACCAAGGCAGUAGGGAGUACAGACCUCAUCGCCAAGUUCUCCCGCCUCAAGCCUGGCAGCGCCAUAGGCGACAGCACCCGUGUGGAAAAGGUUGUGGUCAAAGCCAAGACGGUAGCGUCCAAUAACACAGCCUCACCACCUGAAACAACCAUGAAAGACAGAGGAGAAGAAGGCGUAAGGAACACAGCAGAGGGAGAAUCAGACAAGCAACGACAGGAAGUCACAGAAAAGCCUUUUGUUGCCACACCUAGUUUAUCUUCAGCCACUCAUGUGUCUGCACCAAGCCCUCCCUCGACUGUGGCAAAACAAACUAUGCAGGUGUUUCACCCAGCUUCUCUGUCCACCAACAUGGAUGAGACUUACAAAACUCUGGCUCAGCACAUCAAUAGUUACUUUGGCUCCAGUGCACAAGAGGAAGGAGGCGACGACAGGCCUCCGCAGCAGCACAGAGGAGAGGGUGUUCCUGUUUCUGAGCCCAUUAACAUUGCUCCUCCUACAACUGGGGACCACAUUCCUAUUAUGUCUCCUGUGGCGGAGGCUAAAAGUAUUAAAACACCCACUACCUCUCCCCCCGCCCCUUCUCCAUCUACAUCAGAGAAUGUCAGUCCUCCAGUAGGCGCGCCCUCCUCUGACAUCCCUGCAACUGCAGAUGCAUCUCAGCCCAUCCCUGCACCUGGUACCUCCCCUAAAAAAGGCUUCACCCACUAUCUUACCUACCCACGGCCCAGUGUUCAGGCGUUUGUCGGCAGCUACAUUGCACCCCUGGUCCCCAAAUUCAGGGGUGAUUCCAAAAGUGUUGCAGCUGAAAAGGAAAGGUCUUCAGCGGUCACUGUGGAAGAGCCCACUGUGGACAAAGCAGGAGAGAAGAAAGAGAGUGAAGAGGAGAAAGCGGAUAAAGUGAAGCAACAGCUGUUGAUUCAAAGAGAGAAGAUAAUAGCUAGGGUGAGUGUAGACAACAGGACCCGAGCCCUGGUGAAAGGCCUGCAGAGAGUCACUGAUGUCAAGCUCCUCACCAGUCGAGUGGAAGAGCUCAGCCACCACCUCCUGGAGUUCCCAGAAACACGAGGUGUAGCAAUCAAGGAGAGUGUGCUGCCCUGCCUGCUGCGUUUGCGCCAGGCCAGAGACCUUCCUCUUCAGGCUGCUGUGAGAGAAGCGCUGGCCCUGGUUGGCUACACCGAACCAGUCAAAGGCAGAGGAAUUCGGGUCCUGACCAUAGACGGAGGUGGAACAAGGGGCUUGCUGGCCCUGCAGACUCUCCAUAAACUGCAGAUCCUGACUGGCAAACGAAUCCACCAGCUGUUCGACUAUAUCUGUGGAGUCAGCACAGGUGCUAUUUUGGCCUUCAUGCUGGGAAUUUUUCAGAUCCCCUUAGAGGAGUGUGAGGAGAUGUACAGGAAGCUGGGCGCGGAUGUCUUCAAACAGAAUGUCAUCGUCGGAACUGUCAAAAUGGGCUGGAGCCAUGCUUUCUAUGACAGCCAAAUGUGGGAAAACAUCCUCAAGGAAAGGAUGGGUGAGGUGCAUAUGAUUGAGAGUGCCAGGGACCCACACUGCCCUAAAGUGUCAGCAGUGAGUGCUAUUGUGAACAGGGGUUUACCUCUGAAGGCCUACGUGUUUAGGAACUACAGACUCAUGCCAGGAAUCAGGUCCCACUACCUUGGAGACUGCAAACACAAAAUGUGGCAGGCUAUCAGGGCCUCGUCUGCCGCUCCGGGCUACUUCCAGGAAUUUGUGCUGGGAAAAGACCUCCAUCAGGAUGGAGGACUCCUAAUCAACAACCCCACAGCGUUGGCCAUCCACGAGUGUAAGUGUCUGUGGCCUAACACACCACUGCAGUGUGUGUUGUCUCUGGGCACCGGACGGUACGAGACGGCGGGCAAGAACAACACGACCUACACAAGCCUCAAGACCAAGCUCACCAACGUCAUCAGCAGUGCCACAGAUACAGAGGAGGUGCACACCAUGCUGGACGCUCUCCUGCCCCCCGACACCUACUUCCGCUUCAACCCCUACAUGAGCGAGGACAUCCCGUUGAACGAGAGCCGAAUGGAUAAGCUGAACUUCCUCAAGAGCGAGGGGGCGCGCUACCUGGAGCGCAACGAGGCCAAGCUGAGGAAGGCAGCAAGCGUGCUGGGCCAGGAGAAGAGCGCCAUCCAGAGACUGGCCGAGUGGGCCAAGCUCAAGUCUGACAUGUACGAGGGUCUCCCCUUCAUUUCUAAGUUGUAGUCAAUGGCUUGGCCACAGUGUGACCUUGAGAGUUCUUAAGGUAAGAAGACAAGGAGUGUAAGAACUCCCAAGACCUGAUAGAUCCAAUGUUGAAAGGGAGCAAACUGGUCAUCUCAUCAUCUACCUAACACUAAGACUGAGUGUAUAACUAUAAUUAUUCAAGACAAUAGUAUAGUGUUAAUAAUAAUGUGAUAUUACAAAUGUAAAUUGUGGAACAGAAUGUGUCUUUGAUGGAGACAGAAUAAUGUACUUUGAAAAGGAUUCGGCAGGUUUUGACACAGAUCAUUCACUUGAGUGAUCAGAGAAAGGGACUGUAUGUGUACACAAGUUCUUAAAUGUAUGAGUCUUAAGCUCGCUAAAAGUGUUGGUUGACUGACUGACGGUUGUUUGUGGAACGCAGAGAGACGGUAAUGUGGCAUUGACACAUGACCAUUAGAAUUAAUGAUAUUAAAAACUUUUGGCUUUGAAAAAAAAAACUUGAAGAUGUAAUUAAUACGUGAUAUCACAGUGAGAACAUAAACAUGACUGCCUUUUUUGUAACACUGUACAGAAGACAGUCUUCAUGCACUUUGUAAAAUAUAAUUCUUAACCAAGGAAAUUUAAUUAUGAAUUAUUUGAGUGCUCUUGCUGGAAUUAUAGUAUUGGCACAUACAGCCACACUGACAUCUACGCUGUUUUCCUCGUGGUGCAAAGCAUGUUCUCCAUUGUGGCCCGUUUUUCAGUAUGAAGCUUUUGUCUUUAACCUCGCUCAAGCCUGAACUCCUCAGCCCUGGCUGCUGUUGUUGUGCACUUUAUAUAUUUGACACAGGUUAUACAUUGUGAGCAUCCUAAUUUCCCCCGAUUCCUCCCCUUGUUAUUGCUUGGUGGAAUACAAAAAAUGUCAUGAAAAAAAUAAAACGCAAUUUUCAAAACCUCAA